AUGCGUGCCCUGCCAGCCCUGGACGCGCCCCAGAACGAGCGACUGCUGACCCGGCACCCCGAGGCCCCCAGGGUCAGGGACGCGGCGGUGCCAGCACGCAAGAGCGCGGUGGAGAGGCUAGCUGCGGACCGCGCCAAGUACGUGCGGGGCCCGCCGGGAGCCGGCCCGGGCCGGUCUCCCGAGGGCAGCAACCCCGGGGCGAGCGAAGGCACCGCGGGCGAUUCUCGGCCUCCAGCUCGCGUCCCCGGGGCCGUGGCGCGCAGGGCCAUAGCUCGGAAGCCGCUGAGACCUGACUCCCUGGUCAUCUACCGGCAGAAAUGCGACUUCGUCCGAGGACAGGGCGCCGACAGCUCCAGGGGGGGGCUGGUGAAGAAGCUCUUCCAGGGGCCGGGCAAGGACAAGACGUCGGUGCCCCCGGAGACGUCCCGGGUGGGAGAGGAGGUCAGGGCCAGGCGCGAGGAGGCUGUCCUGACCAAGCCCGGCUCUACUGCGGCCUCCGCGGUCCCCGGCGUUCCCGCGGCCCCAGCGCGCCCGGCGCCCUUUGGGACGCCCACCAGUGUCCCGGCUGUGCCCCGGGUCCCGGAGCCGCGAGGGACAAGGCGCGGGGGGCUGCAGCGAUCGCGGUCAGACCUCAGCUCCCGCUACUCGGCGUCCCUGACCGAAUGUGACACCUUCUUCCAGUUCUGUGGCCUGGAGCCUGAGGUGGUGGAAGCUCUCGGUAGGGAGAAGUUCUCCGCGGGGUCGGACCGCGUCACACUCAGGGUCCGCAGCGUGAGCGUCGCCACCUCUGACAGCGGCUUCUCCCGGCACAGCGGCGGUGAAGAGGGGCUGCAGGAGGAAGAACUGACCGAGCAGGUGCCCAGCACCACGUCGGUCAUCGAGAGGAACGCCCGUAUCAUCAAGUGGCUGUACACCUGUAAGAAAGCCAAGGAGAAGACCGGCCAGGGGCCGCAGGGCCCGGCGUGACCGCUCGCGCUCUGCAGAGACUUGGACCCUAGGAAGCAAGGCUUCCAGACUGUGGGGGCUUCUUGAAGUAUGUCCUGGAUGUUUGGGGACCCCAGGGCCAUCCUCAGUGCCACAGGAUUUGUCCAAUGCACCCAGGUGACUACAUGAUUGCUGUUUUCCCAGGAAUA